AUGAAUAUGGCACAAAAUAAUUCACAAAAAGAAGUUGGUCCAAUUGAAUUUAGACAUGAUAAUAGUAAACCAAAACCAUUGUUGUCAAACACUUGUAAUCCACAAUAUAAUGGGUGGCAAUUUAAACACUUUACUAUAAAAUUAGACAAGGCCAAUAAUUGUGUGAAAACAAGUGAUGGACAAGUAGUAAUGGUUGAAAAUUUUGCUACCUCAACUUCUAAUAAACCGCAAGUUGUUGUAAUUGGACGCAGUUAUAUCAGAAAAGAAGAAUUUUUUGACAAUCCUUGCAAGUCAUCGUCUUUAGGCAUCUACAAAGUUUCUGAGCUAGGACCACUAAUUAGUUGGGAAGAAAGCAAUAUUAUUGAAAAACUUGUUUGUUUACCUUUUGAUGAAGUACAUAAUAUUGUAAUACCAUAUCUUCAUCAAUAA